ACAAGAAGAAGAGUUUGAAAAUAUAAAAAAAAAGAUUGAAAAAGAAAAUUCAGUUACUAAAUUAGAAGUAGAUAUCAAAGAAGAAAUAGAUUUUAAAACAAAAUAUAUUGAUCAAAAAAAGAAAAAUGAAUUACAUAUAAUACGGGAUCAAAAAAUUAAAUCAUUAAAAGGGGCAAUAGAUUUUUUACGUAUUAAAGAAGAAAUUGAAAAUGAAUCUUUAUUGUCAAAUUUGUUAGAUAGAAAUCUUUUUGAUGAUUUAAUUCGAACAAACAGUUUUUUAGUUGAAAAUCAAAGACAAUUAUUACAAACAACAAGAAAAAAACAGUUACAAUUGUUAGUAAACAAUUAUUACAACACGUUAAAGAAAGAAAUAGAGAUAUCAAAAGAUUUAGAACAAUUAAAUGAUAGUGAAUAUUUUGAUGAAAGAAUUGGUGAAGUUAGAGAAGAAUAUUUGAAUUCUAAUAAUUCAAAAGAAAAAUUACAUAUUUUACGAAGAUCGAGAAUUGAUCGAUUAUUAGAAAGUGAAGAAGAUCAAAGAUAUAAUCUUAUAAGAGAUAUUAUUAAUAACACAGAAAAUAUUAAAGAAAUAUCAGAUUUAUCAGAAAUAUUUACAGAUAUUAAAGUAUUAAAUCAAACUUUAUUAACAGGAAAUUGUGAUAAAUCAGAACUAGAAAGAGAACGAAAAACUCAAUAUAACAAUGGAUUAUAUGAUAUUAUUAAUAGAAUUAAAGAAUUAAAAGAAAAAGAAAAUACACCAAAAUGUCUUUUAGAAGAUGAUGAUAUACCAACAAGAAAUUUAGAUAAAGCAGAACAAAUUCGAGAUGCUUCAGGAUCUUUUGAUAAACAAAUUAAUUUUAUUAUUACUCAAUAUAAAAAACAUUAUCUAAUUAAAGAUAAAAAUUCAUUGUUAGAAGUGUUUUAUUUGAAUUGGGUUCUUGGUAAAGAUGAAAAAUAUUUGUUGAAUAAGAAGUUUACAAAAAAGAAGAUAAAUGAAGUAAAUAAUUUAGUAAAAGAUAUUAAUAAUUAUCUUUAUGAAGAACCACGUAAAAAAGCGAUAAUGAAUCAAGAACGAUUAGAGAAAAAUAAAAAAUUUAAAAAAUUACGUAGAUAUCCUAUACUUUAUCUACCAGCUGAAUUUUCUUGGGACAAUCCUUUAUGUGUAGAUCAAGAGAAGAUUGAUAUAAUUAAAAGUGUUGAUUUAGUAAUAAUUGAAUAUAAAAAAUCAUUAGCUAAUAUUUUAAAAAUUACAAUAGAAAAUAUCAAUAUAAUACAAGAUUCUUUAAAUCAAUUGGGUUUAUCAUAUGAAACUAAACACGAUAAAAAGAAUUUUUUAAAUUUAAUCACUAAAGUAUUAGUAAAUAGAAAAAAUGUAGAAGAAAUUAAUGAUAAUAAUAUAAAAGAAGUUUUUAGAUCAUUUGAAAUUUUGUAUUAA